AUGACAGCAGCUUAUGCAUCUCUGGUUUCUGCUAUGAAUAUCAUAAACAACCUUCACCAUCAUCCUCGCCCUCCUAUUUCUCUCCACAUUCAACAAGUUGAGUCUCUCACUCAAAAGAUUAAUUUCCUGCUCCAAUUUCUCCAAGGCUAUAACCCCCAUCGUGACUACUCCAAAGAAGCAGAUCCAUUGGAAUGUCGCAUUGCAGAUGCAGCUUAUGCUGCCGAAUGCACCAUUGAAUCUCAUAUUUUAAAUCAGUUCACAAAUAAUGGAGAAAAUAUGAGUGAUGAUGGCUUGUAUGAAGCUCUCGAGAAGGUGAUAAAAGACAUGGCUUCUAUCGAAGAGGAGGCCAAGCAAAGUCAAGCCAGAGUUGGAUUCCAACAUCAGCUGCAUUCGGAUUCCUCGAGAUCUUCUUCGAUUCCGCAGCAGAGUAUCAUCGUGGGUGCUGAUGAUCUCAAGCGUCAAAUGAUGGAUAAGCUAACUUCUGAUUGCCGUGAUCUACAAAUCACUUCCAUUGUAGGGAUGGGCGGCUCGGGUAAGACCACUCUUGCUAGAACUGUUUGUGAGGAACGUCUUAUUAAGAAGCAUUUUCAUAUUUGUGCUUGGGCUACCAUCUCUCAAGAAUAUAGCAUUAGAGAAAUUUUUGCAGCUCUUCUUCGUCAGUUAAAUAUAAGAGUUGAUGACAAUUUGAGGGAGCAUGAAUUAGGAUUUAAAUUGUAUCAACAUCUUUAUCAUAGAAGAUACCUAAUUAUAAUGGAUGAUAUGUGGAGCAUUGAUGCUUGGGAUAGAGUUAGAAAUUAUUUCCCAAAUGACAAAUAUGGUAGCAGAAUAGUGGUAACAACUAGGUUAUUAGAGUUGGCUUCUAAAUUACCUAACUCUGAUAGCAUUGGGAUGAAACUUUUGGACGAGGCUGAUAGUUGGGAGCUUCUCUCCAAAACUGUGUUUGGGAAAGAAGGUUGCCCUCUUGAAUUGGAGGAAAUCGGAAAAGAGAUUGGAAAAGGCUGCAAAGGACUUCCAUUGUCAAUUGUUGUGGUGGGAGGCCUUUUAGCAAAGUCCAAACAUACAAGAGAGUGUUGGGAAGAGAUAGGGGAAAACUUGAAUGCAAGUGUACUUAAUGUAGAGGAUGAUGAACGUUGCUUGAAAAUACUAUACAUGAGUUACAAGCAAUUGUCAAUACAUUUGAAACCAUGUUUUCUCUAUAUAGGAGUUUUUCCCGAAGAUAAGGAGAUUUUUAUCUCAGAGCUAAUUAAAUUUUGGGUUGCGGAAGGAUUUGUGAAAGCAGUAAGUGGGAAAAGCUUGGAAGAGAUAGCGAAAGAGUAUUUAAAAGACCUUAUUAGAAGAAAUCUUGUUUUAAGGAGUAUUAGAAGUAGAGGAAAUCUUGUUUUAAAUAGUACUGGAGCUAUAGGAAAGUGGGGAGAGAAGUGCUGCAAAAUUCAUGACUUGUUGAGAGACUUGUGCUUGCGAGAAGCUGAAAAAGAAAGGUUUUAUAAUACGGCAUCAGAUAAUGAAGACAUAAGUGUCUUGCCGCCUAUGUCACAAGCUCGUUCUUUGACGUGGAAUGUUAGACGAAAACUAUCACCUUUCAAUAUGAGCUUGUUGAGGAUAGUGAAAAUAAUUGGAGACGAAUGGGUCGAAGAAUUAUUUGGACACACGGAUCAAUUAGUUAACUCACGGUUCCUUCAAAUAGGUGAUUUCGAGAUAAGAGAGGGGAAUUUUCCUUGUUCAAUAUGGCAGUUUUGGAAUCUAGAAACACUAAUUAUUGACUCUCCUUAUGAGGUUAUCACUGCGCCAACUGAGUUUUGGUACAUGCCUCGCAUUAGGCAUGUUGAGUUCGACGAAGGUCUUCGUCUCCCAGAUCCUCCUAACGACCAAGAUGAUAUUGUUUUGGGAAAUCUCCACAGGCUGAGGACACUAUUAGAUUUCAAGUGUAGCGAACAAGUGGUCAAAAAAAUUCCCAAUAUAAAAGAACUGGUUUUUUAUAAUUUGGAAGAGCGUGAUGAUGAGAUGUAUUGUUUGAGCAAUCUCGAUCGUCUAACUAAACUUGAGUCCUUGGAUUGCUUCACUUCUCCAAUAAGUGCAAUCAACUUUCCCCAUUCGCUCAAGAGUUUAGUUCUUUGUAUCACCAGAUAUUAUUUUCGGUGGAAAGACAUAUUGGAUAAGGUAGGUGUGUUGCCGCAUCUUGAGAAGCUCACACUCGGGUUGGGAUGGUUCAACGAAUGGGAAACAACUGAAGGCCAAUUUCGCAGCCUCAAAUUCUUGACUCUUAACCAUACCGAUGAUCUAAAAAUCUGGGAAAUUGAAAGCUCUCACUUUCCAUGCCUUAAGCGCCUUCAUCUUAUUGGAGUACAUAAGUUGCAGGAAAUCCCUUUAGAAUUCGCAGAAAUACCCACACUUAAUGAAAUUUGUGUGGAGUUCUGCAGCGAUUCGGCUGUGGUUUCUGCUAAAAGAAUAUCAGAGGAACACGAGGGUUAUUACGGGGAAGGAGCCCUUCAAGUUCUCGUUGAACUCGGGAGUAAUAACGAAGCAGGACUAGGAUUGGAGAGCAUGGAUAGUCUUAACUUUCAUGUUAACCGUUACGCAUGA